AUGCUUACAAUUACAGCGCACGCGCAUGCUCGGAUCUUACCAUUUACUCUCCGUGUUGGUCAUUUUGUUACGAAACUGAGAUCUGUAUCAUCUACUCAGAGCGACAAAUCCUAUCGUGGCUCAGUAUCGCCCAAAACAUUUGCGGAUUUUUUGCGUGACUGCGGUCUGUCCGAUAAAAGGCUUUGUCAGGAGCUCUAUCCGCUGGAGCAGGGGCAACGUGCACCGAACGAUGAAUUUCCUAUUGCAGUGGCGUGCUCAGGUGGCGCGGACAGCGUGGCUUUGAUGUUGCUGCUUAAAGAGUAUAUGCAAGAGAAUCAGAUCAAGACUCCGCUUUUGGCAGUCACAGUGGACCAUCGAUUGCGUUUUGAAAGUAGCAAGGAAGCUCUGGAAGUUGCUAAGCUUUGUACUGAUUGUGGCGGUAUCAAACACAUUAUUGAGGUCUGUGACUGGCAUCUCGAAAAAGCUGGAAAACAAAUGCGAGGUGGUGGUCAGAAUGAUAAUUCUAGGUCAGUGACACCGCGUAAAAGCAAAAUAGAAGAACAAGCACGACAAUAUCGCUACAACUUGCUGCAGCGAGUCUGUAAGAAGUACCGGGUGUGCUGCUUAUUUGUGGCUCAUAAUCGCGGUGACCAGUUGGAGACGACACUAUUUCGUCUUGGUCGGUCAAGCGGCAUCAAUGGAUUAGCAGGGAUGUCCAGAACGCAUCCUUUAUCUUCGAUUCAUGAUCUAGGAAAUGGAUCAAUCUUCAGCGAGAACAAUGCGCGAAACCACACAACAAUUGUUCGACCAUUGCUUUCUACUACAAAGGGCGAAUUGCUAGCGACAUGCGCUCGAUUUCGAAGAACUUGGAUACACGAUCCAUCCAAUGACAACCCCAUAUUCGAUCGCGUUCGAAUUCGUCAGGAGUUGAUGCGAUUGGAAAGUGAGCAAGGUUCUGACAUCUUAAAUUUGUUUUCUCGGUUCCAGCUGAUUGCCGAUAAAGCAAAAAAGGAAUUUGCAUGUGUCGAACACGCCAUGCUUCGCAAGUACAUUGUGACCUGGAAGCCCGAUUUCGUUACUUUGCAACGGGCUGUCUUUCACGAUCCUGCAAUGUUCGACGAGCUGAUGCAUCGUAUUCUCUCAAUUAUCAUAGUGCACGUUGGAAACAAGGUUACGCCUCCUCGAUUGAGAUCUGUCAAGCGCCUUAAAAAAGAUCUUCAAAUUUUACCAAAAGGAAAGCAGGUCACUCUAGGAGGAUGUAAGAUCAAAUGUACCUCAAGUGUUUCUGAAGGCUACCUACUGGAAGUCCAACCAGAACGAAAGAGGAAAUUGACCUGUCUUGACACUUAA